UUCGUGUACAUACGCAGCAGGUGAACGUAAUAUCACGAAAAAUUUCAUGUAGUACUUUCCAAAAUGCGAAGUAGGAAUAUUUUGAACUUGGAUUUCUAAUGGUUCACAAAGAGAAACUAGCGCCAGAAUCAAAACUCUAACGAGGUCAUCUUAACAAGAUGGAUACUUAGCAACUUUGUUUACUGCUGCAAAGACAGAUGUUCAUUUUAACGGAUAUUGAAAGGUUGGCUAUUUUAUCAGGGUGCGUUGGCCUGCUUGUUGUAGUUACUAUUAUCACAAUUUGUUUUGCUUGUCCGGGUUGUUUGAUAUUCAAAUUAUUAACAAGAAGACAUGGAAAAAAAGAAGAUGCUGAAAUGAAAUGCAUGAGAAGCAAUUUUCAAGUUAGCUUCCUGGAUAAAGAGCCUCCUCCUCCUUACGAGCCAACGUCAAGAAUUUCUUUCUUAGAUAUGAAAUAUCCUCUGGAACUUAGCAGAAAACUCACGAAUACGAAUAGCGUAUCCAGUGGAUGUUCGGACACUGACUCUGUUGCAGGAAUUCCUUUACCCCUUCUUAGUGAUACAGAGAUUCCUGCUCCAGAUAAUCGAGAAACAUCACCUUUUGAACCUGGAAAUGUCUCUAUUACUCUUGAAUACAAGCAAAUUAUUGGGCAAGAUAAGGAAAUAUUCUCUCAGUUAAGAGUUGAUCUUAAGGAAGCUGAUGAUCUCCCAAUUCGAGUGUAUGGAGGGUACUGUAAUCCGUAUUUUAUUAUAAGUCUUUAUGAUGCAAAAGGAUUUAGCAAGAAGAAACGUCGUAAAUCUGGUCCCAGUCCAAUGCACCAAUUCCAUUCAACUGUGGUAAAGAAAAGUCAGCAUCCUAUAUUCAAUGAAUCCUUUUUCUUUCCCUUGGUACAAAAUGAAGUUAAGAAAUGUUUACUUAAAAUUGAAGCUUGGGAUCAAGACAAACUGGCAAAUGACACACUUUUAGGUGAAAUCAUUUUCAACUUAAAAGAUGUUGCUUCCAUUUUGUUACAAGAACCUUCAAAGGCCUUGGAUCUAAACCUGAAACUGGAAGACGCAAAGAUAAACAAUGGUCAACUACUCCUCGGAUUAUGUUACCUCCCAACAGCUGAACGUAUGACUGUAGCAGUACUGAAAGCAAAUAACUUGAAGCGUGUCACUGAAAAAAAUAGUAAUACAGAUUUUUAUGUUCAAGGCAUGGCUAUAUAUGCUGGAAAGGUAUUUGAAAGAAGAAAAACAUCAAGUCGCCCAUCGUCACCUUUUCCAGUUUUCAAUGAAAUGUUGAUGUUCGAUGUUCCAUUUUCAAAGCUUGAUCAUAUUGUUCUCCUUUUGGCUAUAUAUGGUACUCUUAACCAAGAGAAUGGACAACAAAAUGCCCCUAAAAAGGAGUCGUGUGUUGGUAAGGUAAUAAUUGGAUCUUCUAGUAGAAAGAAUACUUUAACCCACUGGAAUGCAAUGAGAAAUUCUCCAAGAAGACAGGUUAUACAGUGGCAUGAACUCAAGUAGAAUGCAUUUAUAAUAAUACAGAAUAUCUUUCUAAACAUAACUGAUGGGGAUAAAUAGUUACAUAUCUAUACAACAAAUAUAAAUAAACAUCUAAUUAUAAAAUUUUCUAAUUACUAAAAUAUUAAAUUUAUAAAUUACUAAACUAUUAAAUGUUUUAUCAUAAAUAAAAAAAAUAAUGGAACUACUUAAGAAAACUGUUUUUUACACGGAAGAAACUUUUCUAGACAGAACUUUAAUAUAAAUUAUGUACUAUAUUUUUAUUAGGUCACAUAUUUUAUGCACUCUCUCUCACACGCACAUUCUAACCCUAAAGCAUUAGAUUGUAAGCAAAUAAAUGUUGUGACUAACUUUUAGGUCAGUUUUCUAUGAUUUAGUAUAUUAUGCAUAUUAAAUAAACCUUUACUUCCUCCAAAAUUUAAAAAAAAAAAAGCAAUAAAUCUUAUAUAUAAAGAAAAAAUGUUUACAAAUAGCUGCAUAGUUCCAUAUGAGAAAUUUUUUUUACAUACAACUUUAGAAAUUCUUUAUUGUCUAUAUGAAAAUUUUCCUAUAAUUAUAGUGUGAUAAAUAUUUUGCAUCUUUACCAGACAAAACUAUAAAUAUCAAAAAGUGCAUAAAUGGAAGUCUGGCCAAAAAAACAAUUUUUAAAAGUUAUCAAAUACACACACACAAGAAAAUUUGUAGUCUUUUAAUGAAUAUCAAGAAUGAAUUCAUAUUUUAAAGGAAUUGUAAAAACAACUAUGAAAUGAUACACAGACUGGUUUUUUUUUAAAUAAAUAAUAGUUGGUAAGAAA